GGAAAGCUUCGAGGAUCCCCGAUGAGGAAGGCGGUCGGCACCCGGGGAGUAGAAGCAAGGUUGCGGCGCAAGUGAGGGCGCUUGGUUAGUUGCGCGUAGACAACCCUACGUCUGUAUUGGGUGGAAUCUACAAUCAGUCAACCUGUCUCCCCGAGUCGAAUUUCGCUUGACGUGCCGAUAGAUGGCCGUUUGCUGAUAUCGCCUGUUCUAUCCAAGUGCGGAGGAGGACAACCUCCAGCGACCGAAGACAAGAUGAAGAUUGUAAUUCAAAGAGUGAAGUCGGCGUCGGUCACGGUCGAUUCGGAGUUGAUCUCGUCCAUCGGCAAGGGCUUGCUAGUAUUCGCCGGCGUGGGCCUAGAAGACACUGAGAAGGAAGCCGACAAUAUGGUGAACAAGGUGUUGAAGGCGAAAUUCUGGCCAGAUGAGAAUGGCGGACAAUGGAAGAAGAACGUACAAGAUAUCGAGGGAGAAGUGCUCUGUGUCUCUCAAUUCACCCUUUACGGCAAGAUGAAGAAAAACAAGCCCGACUUCCGCGAUGCGGCCGACGCUAUAACGGCACGGAAGCUCUACGACUAUUUCUACAACAAGAUGCGCGACACCUAUGUGGCGGAUCGGGUCAAGGACGGAGUGUUCCAAGCCAUGAUGGAGGUGGAACUCAAGAACGAUGGGCCGGUGGGUGUCGACUACCGCAGUGAAGAUGCGGCGGUGACUAUUGAGAUCGAUACCAAUCUUCCCAAAAAGGAGCCCAAGGCACCCAAGAAGGAAGGGGACGACAAGGAGGAGAAGAAAGAUGACGGAGACGACUCGGAGGCGCGGCAUGUUUUCGAGUUCAAGCUGCCCGCGGAACUGCUGGCAUAGAAUAGCACAUAGACCGGUCCAUUGGCGUUCAUGAACAUAGAAUUUAGCAUAUAGCAUAUACCCAGAGGUGGCAUCAAUUCAAAUAACGAUAUUCCACAGCAUGGUACAUAUCUCUCGAUUGUGGAUGCUGAUUGAAACAGUAUAUGAAGAUGAGUAUAUUUUGGGGCCGAG